AUGGUUCUCUUCGGACGCCUCAAGGAUACCAUCCUAGGCUACCUCACUCCGUGCGGUACUCCUCAGCGUCGAGGUUGGUUGCAUCGCGCUCCGCAGGCCCCCGCGACUCCCACGACCCCUACGACUCCCAGCCGCAAUUCCAAUGGCAAGCGUCCCCUCUCCCGAGCUUCGCACCAUGAGCCGAACAAGCGACGCAAGCUCUUAGGCGGUGUCGCUUCUUACCUCACUCCGCCAUCCUCCCGGCUCACCAAUGGCCCGGAAGAGCUGAGCUCCAGUUUCACCCAGGAUAGCGAGCUCAAUGCGGAUACCGAUGAAUGGCACUACAUCAACUCGGUGCUGGCUGCCGACGAUCCGAAACCACUCUGGACGACUCCUAGGAACAAGAACCUUCUGGCUCACUAUCCCUCGCCUCAGUUCAAGGGGCGCUCACCCAAGGACACGUCCAGCGUGCAGCCCGACAAGCCCUUCGACGAGGCCGACUUGAAGCGCUUCGAACGCGAGAAAGCCCGCGCGCAGCAUGCCGAGCACGCACAAAUCAUGCGUGAGGGAGGCUUCGGUGAGGACCCGAUCAAGGUGUACCUCAAGAUCGCCAUGCGCGGCUGGGAGGCGAUUCUGCCAAAGCCUUGGACCCUCAGUUUCGACUCAUUUCCUCGGAUUCUCUUCGCCGACGACCCCAAGGAUGAGUACAUCAAGGCGCUUUCUGGAAGCCAGUUCAGGGCCAUGAAAGCCUUGCGCUUGCUCGUGAACACCCCCGCCCGGGCUCGUGAUGCUACUCUGAAGGAGGUCACUCCUCCACCCUCGCGUCAACCGGAAAAGUUGAUUCGUCGAGCGAUCGAUGGCUAUAUGAAGUGGGCCUUUGCUGAUGCCGGCGUUUCUGACGUCACCCCAACCCUCGCUCUUCUUUCCGUCCCGGCAGACGUUGAGCCUGAAGUAGUCGAGGAGAGGAUGACGCGACGUCUCACCAAGCUCAAGCAGGAAUGGAGGGAGAACCUAGCCAUCGGCGAGGAAACGGACGCCGGCGGAAACGUUGUCGCUGUCGAGCAGCUUUGCGCCCCGCCCACCAUCUACGGCAUCCUUGCCAGCCACCUGAUGGUCAGCUUUGUUGUACUGCAGGAUGAAGACGAUGGACACGAGCGGCCGGGCGCCCACCAACUGUUCUGCAAACACAUGGACAACAUCGACUACGACAUCUGGGACACUAUCGCCAUUGCCAUCGUUGUCAUGCACUGUCGGACAAAGAUGGCGAACCUGAAGGGAGUCAUGGAUGAUUACGACAAGGAGGUGCAAGAUCAAUGCCCGCAGCAUCGGUAA